UCACAUAUGGUGUCCAGGGCACAGCUAGGAGCUGAGGGGGGUCUAUAACAAGCGGCAACAGUGAGGGACAUAUUUCUGGAGAGAUGGAUCUUUAAAAGUUGAAGCUUGAACUGUUUGGGCAUAGACCUGGAUAGUAUGACAGAACUCUGCAGCCUAUCUCUAUAGUAGAUUGCAAUUCUGUCUUGAUGGAAAAUGUUGUAAUUGGGUAUGGAAAUGUUGAGUUUUUGGUGGCCUUCCUAAGCCAGGAUUCAGACACGGCUAGCACAUCAGGUUUGACGGAGUGUGCUAAAGCAGUGAAUAAAGCAAACUUAGGGAGGAGGCUUUUACGGUUGCAGAAAUGAGAGCGCCUGGGGACACACAGGGCCUGGGUUAACCUCUACAUCUACAUAAGGAGAGCUGCUCUAAACAACAGUAUACAAGGCAUAUUGACAUUAGAGAAAGGCAUAAGCAAUCACAGGUGUUGAUUGGGAGAGCUAAGACAACCACGGGUGAGACAACAACGGGUAAACAGCUAAAACAACAACAAAGGGUAAAUGGUGAUGAAUGGGCAGAGAGGGUCAGCUAGCUACACACAGGUCCUGAGUUUGAGGCUGGGGCAGACAGAUAAACAAAAUGAAGUACCAUGUUAAUGGACAGUCCAGCAGGCAUCGGCUGUUUAGUUGAGUGAUCACAGGGUCCAAUGAGCAGCAAUAGACGAAACAGGGAACCGUUCGGUAGUCGAUUAAUACGUUGAGCGAACGGGAGAAACGGUCUUCAGGGAGCUAGCAGGCUGAGGAUAGCAGAUGGAUCAUCACCAAACAUCCACGACGCAGAGGCCGGUUGAGAGCACAUUGGCCGAGUUACGUCAGCAGACUAGCAGACCAGUCUUGAUGCAGUAAUGUAUGCAUUCAGUACUGUAAUGUAUGCAUUCAGUACUGUAAGUCGCUCUGGAUAAGAGCGUCUGCUAAAUGACUAAAAUGUAAAUGUAAAUGUUGAUGGAUUGGCGGGGCUCCGUGUCGACAAAGUGUCCAGGCCAUUUGGCAAGAGAAGUGUUGUAGUUGGUGUACUUCUUUUGCUAGCCGGGAGAUGGGCCUAGCUCGAGGCUAACUGGUGCAUGCUUCUGGACAAGGGCGUUAGCCACAAUAGCCACUCUGUAGCAACUAGCUAGCUGCGAAGAUCUGGUGUAAUGGUCCAGAGCUUGCGGCAGGAAUCCGGUGAUGUAGUGGAAAAAAGCAGUCCGAUAUGGCAGGUAUUAUCCAGGCUAUCCAGGCGAAAGCGGCAGGAGUCCGAGCUAAAGGUAAAGACCGCUAGCAGAAGCUAACAAUGACUAAGUAGCGUGUAGCUAAUUAGCUGGCUAGCUUCUGAUGGAGGUUCCAGUUAUAAGGUCUAAAAAAUAGCUGAUCCGUACCACAUUGGGUGAGGCGGGUUGCAGGAAGGUAUAUUUAAUUCAAAAUGGAAGAAAAAAAAGAGAUUGACAUGUAUACAAAAAACCCGAAAAAGACAAUAUUUACAUGAGACGAAAACAAACACGUCUUACUGCUGCGCCAUCUUGGAUUAGUAAAUUGAAAGAAUAUGAUUUGGAUCAUAUUCUUUGCUUGUUUAAUCACUCAAUCAAUAUUUAGAACGUGGUGUGUGUGUGAAAGAGGGAAACUGUUUGAUCUUGUAAUCCCACUUCCAACUCAAUCUCCAUUAGCAUUUCCCAGAGGAGGAAAUUACUCCAGUUCUGUUACAGAACAGAUCGGCCCCGCCACCAAUGGCCUUGUAUGGGCUCUCUAAUUAUGGUGAAAUAGGGAAUGUCUCCCUCUCUUCUGAGGGGAAAAGGCGGUUGAUAGUUUCCAAGGAUGCCUUCGGAAGAGAAGAGCGUGUUGUCACGCUGGUUAUGUGGUUUUUCCAACUGCCACAACACAACACAGUCUUACUUCUUAAGGGAUAUGGAGGGCAACAACGUUGCUGCCCUUCCCAUGUGUGACACACACACUGCUCCCUGCCAUAAUCACACAGUGUAAACCCACAGGCCAGAUGGCCCAAGCAUGAGAAUAAGCCCCAAUGAUAUCCUUAAUGAAGUCCGCUACUGUUCUGUAAUGUGACUCUGCUCCCCGCAUAAUAUGCCCAAUAGCCUUACAGCUCUCAUCAGCACAAUCAACAUGAUGCUCACACCUUACUUCUAGAUGGAUUCCAUGGCUUUGAUUUGUAUUAAUGUACCGUCUUCCUAUUAAAGCUUUAAUUCCUGGAAUCUUUCUUUUGAUUUCCAGUUUCUCUCAGAAAUACCCCCCUGUGAAGUUCCUUUCGGAGAAGGAUCGGAAAAGGAUUUUGAUAACGGGAGGGGCGGGCUUUGUGGGCUCCCACCUGACUGAUAAGCUGAUGAUGGAUGGCCACGAGGUGACUGUUGUGGACAACUUCUUCACGGGCCGCAAGAGGAACGUGGAGCACUGGAUCAGCCACGAGAACUUUGAGCACAUCAACCACGACGUGGUGGAGCCACUCUACAUCGAGGUGGACCAGAAUAAUCACCUGGCCUCUCCUGCCUCUCCUCCCAACUACAUGUACAACCCCAUCAAGACCCUGAAAACCAACACUAUAGGAACCCUCAACAUGCUGGGGUUGGCGAAGCGCGUGGGAGCCCGUCUGCUGCUGGCUUCUACGUCUGAGGUCUACGGAGACCCCGAGGUGCACCCCCAGAGUGAGGAGUACUGGGGUCAUGUGAACCCCAUCGGCCCCCGGGCCUGCUAUGACGAGGGCAAACGCGUCGCUGAGACCAUGUGCUACGCCUACUUGAAACAGGAAGGAGUGGAGGUGAGGGUGGCACGCAUCUUUAAUACCUUUGGCUCCCGGAUGCACAUGAACGAUGGCCGUGUGGUCAGCAACUUCAUACUGCAGGCUCUACAGGGAGAGGCCCUCACGGUGUAUGGUAGCGGAUCCCAGACGAGGGCUUUCCAGUAUGUGAGUGAUCUAGUGAAUGGUCUGGUGUCAUUGAUGAACAGUAACAUCAGCAGCCCAGUCAACCUGGGGAACCCAGAAGAACACACCAUAUUGGAGUUUGCUGAGCUCAUCAGGAGUCUGGUGGUGAGCCGCAGUCAGAUCCAGUUCCUUCCAGAGGGGCAGGACGACCCUCAGAGACGACGGCCUGACAUCCGCAAAGCCAAGAUGAUGCUAGGCUGGGAACCUGUGGUGCCGUUGGAGGAAGGCCUGAACAAGACCAUCCAGUACUUCAGCCGGGAGCUGGAGCACCAGGCUAACAACCAGUACAUCCCCAAGCCCAAGGCAGCCCGCCAGAAGAAAGGACAACCCAGACAACACAACUGAGCUCAGGGGGUCAUGGUUCAGGUCAUCCCCAAACGCUGCUGGGUCACUGGAGGACUCAGGACCCUCCUCCUCAGAGUACUCUCUUAAGUUCGGAGCGAAGACAAAAACAACAUAUAAAUGUUCUUUAUCUUCUGUUGUUUUUUUGUUGUGACGUUUGUGACAUGAGAACUCAAACUGUCCCACCAUAGAGACACUACCGUGGGAGAUUUAUUUUCAGACAGAUAGACUUGCCUGAAUGAAAGAAUAGGAAUCACAAACAGAAAAAAACAUGACAACGAUCAGAAUCCAGUCUUGCACUCUGGGUUUUUUGUCAAUUGACAUUUUUUGUUAUUUAAGAGCAGGCUUGAGAGAAGUGUUUUGUUGCGUUAUUUACACUGUGCAGUUUCUGUUAUGUUUUCUUUGUUUGACGUUAUCUAUUUUAUAUUUCUUGUUUCCUGUCUCUUAAGUAAAAUACUGCUUUGUAUUCCAACCGUUGGUACAUUGGAGGAGAGGAGGGGUGAAGGAGAGUGAGCCUCAGUGUUGUGCUUUGCCCCCCGUUCUACAUUUGCCCUGGUGCCGUUCAGUGAGCUGUAAGCCUGGACACAAACACACACCAGGAGUGUGUUUCUGCGUCACUGUGAGCGUGUUGUGGUUCUAUCGGAGUAUCCUUUGUGAAAGCUCUACUGUCAAAUCCAGAAAUCUUCUAUAAUUAAUUUCAGGUGAAGAUGCUAUUUUAAUCAAAUAUUUCCAAUGAUAUGUCUCCCAUGUGUUACUUCUAAAACCUUGGCAUCACUGUUGCUAUUCUGGGAGUGAGGAGGUUAAUCAAUAAUGUGAGGCUGAGCUGAGCGAUAUGUCUUUAUUUACACUGAUCCUCUAUAGAUCAUACACAAACAAACAAUACAUGCACAAUAGAAACAUCACACAACAACAGCUGGUGCAAAGUGACAUGAAGAAGGGAGACGAAUGUCUAGCAGGAGCAGGGUCAUUAGAUUAGUGUUAGGCUGGGGAGAAGUGGGAGAAGGAGUUUGUAGAGGAGAGGGAUAUACAUUGGGGUUAGUAGAGGGGAGGGAGGUUCAUUGGGGUUAGUAGAGGAGGAGAGGGAGGUUCAUUGGGGUUAGUAGAGGAGGAGAGGG